UCCAAGGUAAUCAGAGGAACCGUUCCCCUUCCCGUGCCGUCCUCCCGGCCCUGGUGGCGGUGACGCGCACGCCGCUGUCUCUCCCUCUGAGCUGCCACACGGACUCCCUCACCACAACGCACAGGGAGCGCGGCUUGCUGGUUUGUCUCACUCUCUGGAGCAAAGAUCGAAGAUGCAGCAGCAGCAGCAGCAUCAGCAACAAGAGAACGCGUUUUCUUAUACCCCCUCAGAUCUGCGGCGUCCGCUGCAACAGCGGAUGUCACGCGGACACUCGUACGAGGAGAGAACGGCGUGGAACCCGAAGUGCUCUGUGGUGGCCGACCGUCAGAUGCUGCUUCUCGAUGAAGAGGAGGCGGGAAGGCGCAUUGCGUCGGCCAGGGCCCAUCUCCUGCGACGCACCAUCAGCGUUCCAGUGGAAACCCAGUUUCCAGAGUUCCACAGCCAGCUUUCCACAGAGAGCGAGUCCCCUCCGGAGAAGACGGGCCGCCGACGCAGCAUGCCAGGCUCCUCGGACAAGAACGUCACCGCCAUGGAGGCCGCCUCCACCGCUGCCACGCCUUUCAGAGUCACCGUGAGUACUGGCUUUCUGAGUCGACGGCUGAAGGGCUCCAUAAAACGCACCAAGAGUCAACCGAAGCUCGAUCGGAACUCCAGCUUUAGACACAUCCUCCCCGGCUUCAGGAGUGUGGACAACGACAGAUCUCAUCUGAUGCCAAGACUGAAGGAGUCUCGCUCCCAUGAAUCACUGCUCAGCCCCAGUAGCGCCGUGGAAGCCCUGGACUUAAGUAUGGAGGACGAGGUCAUCAUCAAGCCAGUGCACAGCAGCAUCCUCGGCCAGGACUACUGCUUCGAGGUCACCACUUCCACAGGAAGCAAAUGUUUUUCCUGCCGCUCAUCGGCCGAGAGAGACAAAUGGAUGGAGAACCUGAGGAGAGCCGUGCAGCCGAACAAGGACAACAGUCGGCGGGUCGAAAACAUGCUGAAGCUGUGGAUCAUCGAGGCCAAGGACCUGCCGGCCAAGAAGAAAUACUUCUGCGAGCUCUUCCUCGACGACUCGCUAUACGCCCGCACCACCUGCAAGCUCAAGACCGACAACGUUUUCUGGGGCGAGCACUUUGAGUUCAGCAACCUGCCCGCCGUCAGGAGCAUCACGGCGCACCUCUACAAGGACUCGGACAAGAAGAAGAAGAAGGACAAAAACAAUUACAUCGGACUGGUCAGCAUCCCCGUGGCGGCCGUCACCGGGCGGCAGUUCGUGGAGAAGUGGUACCCGGUCAGCACCCCCACCCCGCCCAAGGGCAAGACGGCGGGCCCCAUGAUCCGGAUAAAGACUCGCUACCAGAGCAUGAACAUCCUUCCCAUGGAGAUGUACAAGGAGUUUGCCGAGUACACCACCAACAACUACAUGCUGCUGUGCUCGGUGCUGGAGCCGGCCAUCAGCGUCAAGAACAAGGAGGAGAUGGCUUGCGCGCUGGUGCACAUCCUUCAGAGCACCGGCAAGGCGAAGGACUUCCUUACAGAUCUGAUGAUGUCGGAGGUGGACCGGUGUGGGGAGAACGAGCACCUCAUCUUCAGGGAAAACACUCUAGCCACCAAGGCCAUUGAGGAGUACCUGAAGCUGGUUGGUCAGAAGUACCUGCAGGACGCCCUCGGUGAAUUUAUUAAGGCUCUCUAUGAGUCAGAUGAAAACUGUGAGGUGGAUCCAUCCAGGUGUUCCUCUGGUGAUCUGUCAGAGCACCAGAGUAACCUGAAGAUGUGCUGUGAGCUGGCCUUCUGCAAAAUCAUCAACUCGUACUGUGUUUUUCCGCGGGAAUUGAAAGAGGUCUUCGCAUCGUGGCGGCAAGAGUGCAGCAGCCGUGGCCGGCCGGACAUCAGCGAGCGUCUGAUCAGCGCCUCCCUGUUCCUGCGCUUCCUCUGUCCGGCCAUCAUGUCGCCCUCGCUUUUCCACCUCAUGCAGGAGUAUCCCGACGACCGCACGGCGCGCACGCUCACCCUCAUUGCCAAGGUCACGCAGAACCUGGCCAACUUCACCAAAUUUGGAAACAAGGAGGAGUACAUGUCUUUCAUGAACCAGUUCCUGGAGCACGAGUGGUCCAAUAUGCAGCGUUUCCUGCUGGAAAUCUCAAACCCUGAGACAAUCUCCAACACGGCCGGCUUUGAGGGCUACAUCGACCUCGGCAGGGAGCUCUCAACGCUGCACUCGCUUCUGUCUGAGGUGGUCUCCCAGAUGGAUCAGAGCAUGGCCUCGAAGCUGGGGCCUCUGCCCAGGAUCCUCCGGGAGGUGAGCACGGCUCUGUCUAACCCGUCCAGUGUCCAGAUGACACCCGGGCCGCCCUCAGAGCCCGUGGGUUCCCCCCCUGCGGAGGCGAGCUGCAGCAUUUCCUCCGGGCUGCAGAAGAUGGUCAUAGACAACGAGCUAUCAGGAUUGGUUGACUUCACUCGGUUACCUUCACCCACUCCGGAAAACAAGGACAUCUUCUUCGUGACGAGGAGCUCUGGCAUCCAGCCUUCCCCCGCUCGCAGUUCCAGCUAUUCAGAGACUAAUGAGCCUGAACUGGGCAUGUCCAAUGGCAGCAAGAGCUUGUCCAUGGUGGACCUCCAGGACCCCCGCAACCUGGACGCCGGAACGGCUCAAAGCCCUCCAGAUGCUCUGGGUGAAAGCCAGGCGUCUGGGGGAGGCUGGACAGCCCGAGUCUCACAGGGCAACAUCCCAGGAGGUCCUACCAUGAGAAGGCCGGGUCAGGCCCCCACUACCCCGAGCACAGAGGGCACGCCGGGCCGACCCGCGCAGCUUCUGGCCCCGCUGUCCUUCCAGAACCCAGUUUACCAGAUGGCGGCGUGUUUGUCGGUGUCUCCUCGAGGAAUGACCGAUUCCGGGUCGGAGUGCCACAGUUCCGUCAGCUCCCACAGCAACAACGAGGACGGGCCGGCGGGGGGGAAGCCGGCCUUCAUGAACCACAGCGGAGCCGGAGGGGGCGGGGGGAGCAGCGGCGACGAGUACGCCAGGCGCUCCGGGGAGUUCAACCGUCGGCAGCUGUCGCUCACAGAGACCCAGCAUCAGCCCGGCGUCCCCAGGCAGAACAGCGCCGGCCCACAGAGGAGGAUAGACCAGCCUCCGCCUCAGAGCGUCACCCGAGGCCGCACCCCGCCCAACCUGCUCAGCAGCGGCCCUUACCCCCGUCCCUCGUCCGGCAACAUGAUGACGGCGUCGCCCGACUGGCCGGCCAGCGGCGCUCGUCUGCGGCAGCAGUCGUCUUCCUCUAAGAGCGACAGCCCCGAGACCAAACAACGAGCUCAGCACAAACAGGCCCCCUCCCCAGUGAACCCCAGUGCGCUGGACCGCACAGCAGCCUGGCUUUUGAAUAUGAAUGUGCAGUAUUUAGACCAGGAGGGGAUGGAGCCCGAGUCACUAAGAAACAGAGAGGAUCUGACUCAGGCGGAGCAGUACCAGCAGGAGAUCGCAGUGCUGCAGGAGAAGCUGCGCGCCUCUGUGCAGAAGCUGGAGGAGUACGAAGCCCGUCUCAAGGGUCAGGAUGAGCAGGCCCAGAAGGUCCUGCUGGAGUACCAGGCCAGGCUGGAGGAGUCGGAGGAGCGUCUGCGCAGGCAGCAGGACGACAAGGACCUCCAGAUGAAGAGCAUCAUCAGCCGACUGAUGUCAGUGGAAGAGGAACUGAAGAAGGACCAUUCUGACAUGCAAGCGGUCGUGGACUCGAAACAGAAGAUCAUUGAUGCACAGGAGAAGCGCAUAGCGUCGCUGGAUGCCGCCAACGCUCGUCUCAUGAGCGCGCUCAGCCAGCUGAAGGAGCGCUACAGCAUGCAGACCCGCAACGGCAUCUCCCCCACCAACCCCACCAAGCUGCAGAUCACCGAGAACGGAGAGUUUCGCAACAGCAGCAACUGCUAAAGGCUGCUCCCAUUGUCUUUGAGGCUCCUGAGAGUGUACAGUGUAUUCCUCCUCUUGGGUCGAUGCGUGCCUGUCGGACGGACCGUGAGACUGUGCGUGGGUGUGUUUUGAAAGCAGUCGGUGUACUUCCGGAAGACAUUUCGACUUUUUUUUUUUUUUUUCUGGAGACGACGUUGGCGUGAGGGCAUUUCUGCGAUGGGGCCCACCCAGAAGGAGCUGCAGCUUGGAGCAGAUGGCCAUCGCUGGGAGGGCGAUGCAAAGAGGAGGCGGGGGCAGAGCUUGUAUAUAAAAAACUCCGAGCUGUGGAUGAAUUAAGCCGCUGGAAAUACUCCGGCCCCCAUCCACACUUGGGACAAACCACUAUAAAAAAACCACAAACAUCGGCGAUCCGCUCCUCCUUUCCCUCCUGCCAGCACGUUGAGGAUUUUCACUUAAGUUUUAUCUCUAGAGGUUUACUUUCCAAGGCUUUAUCUCCAGGUAUAUGUUUUUAAAGAACCAAAUAUGAGCUAUAAAUAGAUAUUUUUAAAUCCAAAACAAUCUUCUUUACUUCCCUUCUAACUUAGAGGUGUGUUCCUGAGCGUCCCGUUUACCCUUCCUCCCCCCCACCCCUCUUUCCCUCUCACCCCCCACCCCCCUUAAGCAGUGCACUUUGUGAAAAGCUAUUGGUACACGAAACGCCUUAACUAGGGAACGCACCUCAACUUCACCCCCGCAGCUAACCCUCGUUUCUGCAACAACAACAAACAAAAAAACACAUAAAGGCACAACUUAUACUGUGGAUUUGUAAAAAAAAAAAAAUACAACAUAAAAUGCGAUGAAAUGUAUUAUAAACACUUAAGUAAAUGAAUUCUAUGUGAUACUAUAUUAAUGAAAUUUAAUAUAGAUGUAUGCAUUUUGUCUUCUAGAGUAUACACACACAUAUACCUAUAUUUGAUAAAAGUCAAAUAUGAAAGCAGCCCUUUAUUUAAGAGAUCUAGUGUUAUUUUUCUUCUCUAAGUGAGAGACCAUAGUGUGUAGCUUGCUUAGGUGCCCUGGAGAGGACCACCCAGAGCAGUGAUCAGCACCUCCGUCAUCCCUCAAAGAGCCUUUAUUGUUCUUUCUGUAAUGUAUGCACAAUAUUUAGGGAAAUGCCUGUACUUGUGUUUUGUGUUUUUGGAAGGUGCCAGGCAUUGGCCAGAAUGAUAGUAAAUAAAACUAGCAGGGUUCCACAGUCUAUUCACACACAACUAUACAACAAAAAUCUAUUGUGCUAUCCGAUUCUCUUUAAAACAUAAAAUUGGGCAACUAAUACACCAUGUUAAGUAUAAGAGGUAUAUUUUGUUUAUAUGACACCCCUGAAUUGGGCCGCCUUGUCCUCGCUAUGGCAGAGCCUGCAGUCGGCUGCUAAGCAGACCUGUUUAGCUGUCUGCAAAAUUUUUUUUUUUUUUUUUUUUUUUUUUUUUAAAGGAGAGGGCAGCAGCCUUCUUUCAGCCUGCUGACCUGCAGCGUACAUCAACAAGUUUGGAGAUGGGCAGCCCUGCACUACUAUUACCUCCAUGUAACUAAAAAAAAAGCUCCACUUUACGCCGGCUCUAUUCUGCUCUCAUUAAUAGGACUUAGGUAAAGGCUAUACGCUGUUUUGAAACCUCAACUUUUUUUAUUUUUUUAACUUGGUAUUAAGCAGGGUAUGUAAUUCUCACAGUAUGAUAACAUUGA